GCUUGGUCUUGGUGUGUGGUGGGCUGUUCACAGGCCGUAGCUACUCAGUGGGAGCUAAAUUUAGGAGAGGUGAUCAGGUUCUCUCUCUCUCUGUGCACAUGAUACUGUCCUAGUUACUUGAGCAAUGUCCCUUCUCAUACUGUCGCACACUUUCAACAAACCCAGACGCACAGUGAUCCUCUUCUUCAGGAGCUCUGUCCUCGUACUCAUCGAUCAAGCGAAGGACGCGUACACGCCGGACUUUGGUUGGACUUGAAUAAUUUCGGCCUGGCCCUGUGGAGCUUUCACUUCUGUCUCCUGCUUCUGUGUCUUCAUCCUACAGCCAGCCCCUGGCGGGAGAAAAACACAGCUGACCCGCCAUGUUUCUUGCACUUGUGGUGACACCAGAGUUGAGGCAGUUCUUGGCCAGGGCAAGAGGUGGAACAGUGCGCCUCAUCAAGGUGCGCAUCCAAGACGAGCAGCUGGUGCUGGGGGCCUACAGAGAGCCAGAGAAGAGCUGGGACCAGGAUUAUGAUCGCUUUCUGCUUCCUCUCCUCGAUGACCAGGAGCCCUGCUACAUCCUGUACCGCCUAGACUCCCAGAAUGCACUGGGCUACGAGUGGGUCUUUAUUUCGUGGUCUCCAGACCAGUCUCCAGUGAAACAAAAGAUGUUAUAUGCUGCCACGCGGGCCACAGUGAAGAAGGAGUUUGGCGGUGGCCACAUCAAAUACGAGCUAUUUGGCACAACCGAAGAGGACAUCUGCUUGCUGGGCUACCAGCACCACGUGUCAUCCUGCUCAGCUCCUGCCCCGCUCACAUUAGCUGAGCAGGAGCUCCAGAGGAUCAAAAUUACAGAGGGCCGGGUUAAACAGGUGACGACAGAGAUCAGCGUUGAGAGUAAGCACCAGACUCUUCAGGGCCUCGCAUUUCCCUUACAGGAUGCAGCCAAAAGAGCCCUACAGCAGCUCGCCCAAAAACGCAUCAACUACGUGCAGCUGAGGCUGGAUGUAGAGAAGGAGACAAUUGAGCUGGUCCACUCUAACCCGACAGAAACUCGAGAUUUGCCCUGCAGAGUUCCCAGAGACACUCCCAGAUACCACUUCUUCCUUUACAAACACUCCCAUGAAGGGGACUACCUGGAAUCUGUCGUGUUCAUAUAUUCCAUGCCAGGCUACAGCUGCAGCAUUAAGGAGCGGAUGCUGUACUCCAGCUGCAAGAGCAGACUAUUAGAGGAAGUGGAGAAAGAUUACCAUUUGGAAAUCGCUAAAAAGUUGGAGAUCGACGAUGGAGAUGAACUGACGGCCGACUUUCUGUACGAUGAGGUCCAUCCUAAGCAGCACACCCACAAACAGGCUUUUGCUAAGCCCCGAGGCCCUGCAGGAAAAAGGGGACACAAGCGGCUUAUUAAGGGGACAGAAGAGGCCGUGCAGGACAGCUAGUUCUGUCUGCAGAUCCUGGACUUCCCCUCUCUUCCUCCAGACCCAUUAACACCUCAUUAGGACACAGUGAUGCCUUUCCUCUACCGUCUGUGCGUUGAAACAAUUGUGAUACACAGAAAAUUUGUUUUUAGUGGAAAUGUUCUGAUGAAUUAUCUUGACUGUGCCUCUCUGGAUCAGUUUACUACAGACAAAGAGCAUUCAGAAAGAUAGAUAGUGAUUUUAUUUUUAUUUUUAAAGCAAAUCUGUUCUUGAAUAAUAUGAAAUAACUCUGCCGUUUACAAUAUGAUACAAAAGGACUGAAUUAGAAAUGCAUGGGGAAAUGUUUCAGACGUCAUCUUGCCUCCAGUACAAGUUUUGUAUCAACCGUGUUUGUAAGAACAGUCAUAAUUAAAAAGAGAAAAAAAAAGUGACAUGAAAAGAAAUUCAAAAUAAAAUUUUGUUUAUACUGUG